CCCCAAUAGAGUAGGCAGUGAAAGGGUUAAGUGCAGAGAGGACAGGGAUCAGGAUUGGGGGGUGGUGGGAGUCCCGGUGAUGGGAGUGCGGGUGGUGGGAGUGCGGGUGAUGGGAGUGCGGGUGGUGGGAGUGCGGGUGGUGGGAGUGCGGGUGGUGGGAGUGCGGGUGGUGGGAGUGCGGGUGGUGGGAGUGCGGGUGGUGGGAGUCCGGCAGGUGGGAGUGCGGGUGGUGGGAGUGCGGGUGGUGGGAGUCCGGCAGGUGGGAGUGCGGGUGAUGGGAGUGCGGGUGGUGGGAGUGCGGGUGGUGGGAGUGCGGGUGAUGGGAGUCUGGGUGAUGGGAGUGCGGGUGGUGGGAGUGCGGGUGGUGGGAGUCUGGGUGAUGCAGAUGGUAAAGCAGAAUCUCCAUGGUGGAAAUGCCAGGCACAGGGAUCAAACAAGGUUUGGGGUAUUGAGGGUGGUAUCUGUCAUGUCAGCUGGCACAACUGGUACAGGACAGUAGAACAAAAUCAGUAGUCUGAGGAGUCAUUGCAGGUAGUCGGGGACUUGUCCGCGGUGUGAGAUGCCAGGUGACUUGUCCCAUUGGGUGGCACAGUAAAUGGUGAAGGUAUAAUAGUCAGUGGUCACAGGUUAAUGCCGGGUAGAUGAAGAGAAGAUGCCAGGAGGGGAAAUACUGUAAUGGAGUAGAUAUGGCAGCUGCCAGGCAGAGGUCCAAGGUAGAUGCUGCUGCACAGGAGGUGAACGGCUGGAAAUGCCAGGCACAGAAGAUCAGAUACCAGGAGAUGCCAGGAACAGAAGAUCAGAUACCAGGAGAUGCCAGGCACAGAAGAUCAGAUACCAGGAGAUGCCAGGCACAGAAGAUCAGAUACCAGGAGAUGCCAGGCACAGAAGAUCAGAUACCAGGAGAUGCCAGGCACAGAAGAUCAGAUACCAGGAGAUGCCAGGCACAGAAGAUCAGAUACCAGGAGAUGCCAGGCACAGAAGAUCAGAUACCAGGAGAUGCCAGGCACAGAAGAUCAGAUACCAGGAGAUGCCAGGCACAGAAGAUCAGAUACCAGGAGAUGCCAGGCACAGAAGAUCAGAUACCAGGAGAUGCCAGGCACAGAAGAUCAGAUACCAGGAGAUGCCAGGAACAGAAGAUCAGAUACCAGGAGAUGCCAGGCACAGAAGAUCAGAUACCAGGAGAUGCCAGGAACAGAAGAUCAGAUACCAGGAGAUGCCAGGCACAGAAGAUCAGAUACCAGGAGAUGCCAGGAACAGAAGAUCAGAUACCAGGAGAUGCCAGGCACAGAAGAUCAGAUACCAGGAGAUGCCAGGAACAGUAG